AUGUCGCUCGUCAGCCUUAAAGACCAACGUGUUCGACCCUUCGCCGACUUCUGGGACCCCUUCGACGUCUUCCGCUCCGUAGUGCCCGCCGCGGCAUCGUCGACGGGCCGCGACACGGCGGCCUUCGCCAACGCCCGCAUCGACUGGAAGGAGACGCCCGAGGCGCACGUGUUCAAGGCCGACAUCCCCGGCGUCAAGAAGGAGGCCGCGAAGGUGGAGGUGGAGGACGGCAACGUGCUCGUCAUCAGCGGCGAGCGCAGGAAGGAGAAGGAGGACAAGAACGACAAGUGGCACCGCGUGGAGCGCAGCAGCGGCAGGUUCAUGAGGCGGUUCCGGCUGCCGGAGAACGCCAAGACGGAGGAGGUGAAGGCUGGGUUGAAGAACGGCGUGCUCACGGUCACCGUGCCUAAGGCCGAGGUCAAGAAGCCCGAGGUGAAGAGCGUCGAGAUCUCUGGCUAA